CAAAUGUCUAACUCCGAGACAUACGACGAUCCCAUCCCAUCUCACAUCCCAGAAAGCAGCUGCUAAUCGACUUCCCGUGUCAUCUCGCUUUCGUUUCCCCAUUCAGGUUGCGACUCCCCAUUCUCACAUGCCCAUCCAUCCAUUCGUUCAUAAAGAUGCUUGCACCUGCCCCGGCAACUUUCUUUUAUCUCCACCGGACCCUGCUGUAACUCAUAUACACCCCUCGGCUCACACAUAAUGUUGCGCCGCUUUCAUAUCCUCCUCCUCGCCUGCCUGUGGGCAGCGGCGGUCCUCGCUGACUAUGCCAAGCAGCAACGUGGCGCCGGAGACCCCACACAGCCCGUGGGCACGAACCCGAUCGUCAAGUUCGAGACGGUGUACCUGGGGCAGCAGAAUGCAAACAACAGUUGCAGUCACCGGGACCUAGGAUUCACAGGCGAGCUACAGGGGAAAUGGUACGCGCUCUUCGGCGAUACGCUGUGGUGCGCGGAGCCCCUAACCGACCCGAGCAAGGACAACACUAGCGAGUUCCACGGUAUGGUGCGCGACUCGUUAUCUCUGACCACGAAUGACCCGCUCGUGGUCGUGGACUUGCAUCUUAAUGACGAUAGUCCGGUCCGCCAUCAAAAGCAAUUCGUCCCGUUCAACGCUUCCUGGGGCGAGGAUAAUACCUACGGGUUCGGGGGCACGAGUAUUUUCGAGACGGCCAACGGAGCCGGCGGUAUAUUUUAUCUUGUCAACGCCAACGACGCCGGCCUCAAAGGCGCCGGCAUAGCCAAAAUCGAGCUCGUAUCCGGCGUCCCAACGGUAACCAAACGCUUCGGCGUCUCAGGGUACUGGUGGCCGUCCCCCAGCACUCCCCGCUACGGCGACGUAGCCGCGUUCCGGGACCCGCGGUCGGAGUACGUGUACGCAUGGGGCGGGGCGCCGACAUCGAUCACCGACACCACGGACGCGCAGUACGUGUACCUGCUCCGCGUGAAAGCCGCCGACGCUUAUGAAUUGAGUAAGUACGAGUACUGGUGGGGUGAAGCGGCGGGGGGUUGGAAGACGGGGAGGCCGCUGACGGAGUUUGGGGUAAGGAAUGCGGUGAUGUGGUUUGUGGGCCAGGGACAGUUUGUGUGGAGUGCGUUUUGGGGGGUUUAUGUUUUUGUGCAUUUGGGUCCUGGAAGCGGUGAUGUCCUACUUCGAACCGCGACGUCGCUUGAAGGCCCGUGGACCCCGGAUGUGAAGGUGUAUACCGCGACGCCUAUCGAUGGUGGUCUGACGUAUGCGGGUGUUGCUCACCCGUAUCUUGAUGCUAGUGGGAAGACGCUGACGAUUUCGUUUACGAAUAAUAAUCAUAUCGAGGUGAUUAAGGUUACGUUUUCAAAAUAGGGUGAAGGGGUUGGGCAAGGAAAAUCCUACUUAGGUCACAAAAGGGAUAAUAAAUAAGGGAUCUAACGGGUCGUGUUCAUCACCCACUUGGGGAGGGGGUGUUCCGGAUGCAAUCUUGAUUUCGUUGACAUUUAUACAGGAGGAUGUUCUUCUAGUGAUACAUAGUAACGGUUGACUUA